AUGGUGCCAGAAUACAUUAAAGUUGCAUGGAGAGGAGUAAUGCUACAUCCAGGUGUGCAUCCUAGCUUCAGAUUUAUCCUAUGGCUUGCAAUGCAGAGAAGAUUAGCAACUGUGGAUAGAUUAAUGCAAAUAGGCAUCAAUGUCCCAAAUGAAUGCACCUUCUGUAAACAAACUCAGGAAACCUUCAACCACCUAUAUUUUGAAUGCAUGAUCACAAACAGAAUAUGGGCUAAAAUGUGUAAAUGGCUGGGGUACACAAGGAACAUAGGUGACUGGGAAUGUGAACUGCAGUGGAUCAGUAUUAUAGCAAAAAGCAGGAAAGGAUUAAGUGGCAUCACUUGCUGCAUUUUUACUAUGAUGGUUGCAGUGAUAUGGAGGGAGAGGAAUAGUAGCAGAUUUGAGCAAAAGAGGAUUGAUGAGCAGAAGGUCUGCAGGGAGAUGGUCCAACACAUCCAUGUACGAGGGAAGAAUCACAGUAGAUGGAAAGCAGCAUUGGAGCAGCUGGAUUUUUUCCUUGAUUGUAAAUACAGCAUAUCAAAUAUAGCAUAG